AUGGCGCCGAAAAGUACGAAGGCCGAGAGGGGAGCGACCGCCGUGAUGGAGACCAAUAGUGCCAGCAUAGUUUCAAAGCGCAGUGUCGAGCGCAUCUACUAUCCUGAGCCUCACUUUUUCCGCUACUUUGUGAAGAAGCCUCUGAGGCGCUCGCCAUUGGUCAAUCGCGGUUACUGGCUGCGCAUGCGUGCUGUGGAAAGCAUGGUGCGGAGGUUUCUCGAAGGACCGUCGGGACAUCAGAAAGUUGUUGUGAAUCUAGGCUGUGGCUUCGAUCCACUUCCAUUUCAAUUCCUGAACCGAGACGCUGCUCUGUGCCAAAAUGCCAAAUUCAUUGAUGUCGACCACCACAAGCUGAUGGUCAAAAAAAGAGAUAUAAUAACCCAAUGCCCUGCACUACGGGACCUUCUUUCGGAUGCCCAAUUGACACCAGAAACAGAUAGUAUCCUUUUGCGAAGCAAAGAAUAUGUUGGUAUCGGGUGCGAUCUCGGAGAUCUUUCAGAACUAGAUGCCGCAUUAAGCGGCGUGAUAGGCUUAGAUCAAGCUUCGAUCCUUUGCAUAGCUGAAGUGUCAAUAACUUACAUGGAAGUUGAGCUAGCGGACGCCCUUAUUAGGUUUAUGCCAAAGCUAAGUAAUGCAAAAGUGAACAAUUCGACUAACAGCUGGAAAGAUGUAAAUUUCUGUUUGCUGGAGCAGUAUUUCCCAGAGGGGCCACACCAUCCAUUUGCGGCUGUAAUGAUGAAAGAUUUCUUAAAGCUCCAAUGCCCGUUACAUUCAGUCCAUAAAUACCCUUCGCUCCGCCAGCAGGAACAGCGAUUUCGUGGAUCUGGUUGGACAAACGCGAAAGCAACAAACUUAUGGGAACUCUGGAACGACCCAACAUUCGUUACUGAAGAUGAGAGGCUAUCCCUUGAUUCAAUCGAGGCUUUUGAUGAGUGGGAAGAGUUCGCCCUCUUCGCCUCACAUCAUUUUCUGCUUUCUGCUAGCAUUCGUAAGACGGCGGCAGAAUCAGAACCUCCAGAUGGGUUGGGAAAAGCUCUGAUAGAGCCAAGUCCGUUGACACUGACUCCUUUGUGCUCUCCGAAGCUCACCAGCAAGCGACGAUUCGGCGCAAUACUCCCUACUUCCGCUAAUACGUUCGGAUUUCACGGUGGCCUAGGUCAACAAACUCGACUCUCUUCGACUGAUGAAUAUACGGUAUCAAAAAGUAAGACGGCAAGUGGUGAAAUGCCACCACUUGAUGUGGAACCUCGAAUGUGCCACACUAUAACUCAAUUUUAUGGGCAGGAUUGUCUUCUUGUAGGAGGCAGGGCUGCUCCUAAAAAGGUUAUGGCUGAUUGUUGGCUAAGGCAUUCUAGACGAUGGAAUCGAACUGAUAGCCUUCCAACUCCACUUUAUAGGCACUGUGCAACUGCGGUGAAUCUUGGAGGGAAUGACGCUUAUGUACUCAUCUACGGCGGCAAAACUAAUAACGGUGACGUUUCGGGUAAAUGGUUCUUAUGGAAUGUGUCGAAAGGUUGGCAGGAGGCUACUGUAGCCAACCAGUCUCCUACAGCAAGAUUUGGGGCGUCAAUUGUGAAUAUCGACGGACAGUCUGGAGUGGUAUUUGGAGGCAUGUCACGAUACGCCGUCGUGCUGGAUGACUUCUGGACCUGGAAACUAGUAAAAUCCAGUGAUGGACGGAUACAUGUCGAGUUAAAUAACCUCACAGAAACCAUAGGUGCUUCCAGUCCCCUCGAUAAAUGGCUAGGACGUUUUGGGGCAUCAAUAACCACAACGGCAAGGGGUUGCUUUAUAAUUGGGGGGCUGUUGACUUGGACCUUGAAUCCAUCGGACCAAGACCACUCCUUGUUGGUCACUCCUCUUGCAAAGUUGGUGAUGACGAUGUACUCAUUGUUGGCGGCGGUGCUCUUUGUUUCUCAUUUGGAAUAUAUUGGAACGAAAGCACUUGGUUAUUGCAGAGCGCAAAAUCUAAAGCUAUCAACGGGUGGAGUCUGUUGCGAACCGUCAACUAACGGACUCGAUGCUAACCCGCUGGAGGAGGUAUCUACUACAAGAGUAGAUGACCGGCCAAAUACAAAUUCCCCUGAGAUGGAGAUAAUCCCCCGAAUCAACAUUUCGACGCCUCAAGAGUUUCAGAGAGUUGUUGACAAGGCAAAGCCUGUUAUUCUUAGCGGCCUUGAUCUCGGCUCAUGUGUGAAAACUUGGAGGAAAGAAUACCUCGAGAAGGCUAUCGGGCGUGAUCGCAAGGUAGUGGUACAUGAAGCAAAAUCCGAAAAUAUGAAUUUCCAGACUAAGAACUUCUCAUACAUCACAAAGGAAUUUGGGAAGUUCAUCGAUGAAAUUUAUGAUGGCUCCCGACAAUACCUCCGCUCGGUCUCCUCUGUAAACCCUAUGGAACAACCUGCGAAUCUAGCCCAGGACUUCCCCGGUCUUCAAGGUGAUUUCCAUCUUCCGCCCGAACUGUCGUUUGUUUCAGAGAAUGCCCACAGCUUUCCUCUGAGGUUAUCCGGGCCUGUUAUUUUAUGGCUCCAUUAUGAUGUCAUGGCAAAUGUCCUCUGCCAAAUACAAGGUGAUAAGCGACUUAUCCUAUAUCCGCCAUCGGACGUGCUGCGUCUGGGUUUCGCUCCUGGAGCUUCAAGCUCAUCAAUCAAUAUCUUCAAAAAUAUGUCGGAUACUUCUCCGUACUCCCCACCAAACACCCAUCCUCAUGAAGCUCGCCUCAGGCCAGGAGAUGUCCUUUUCAUUCCACCACUCUGGCCUCAUACUGCGAAUCCAAUCAAUGGAGUGAGCAUAGCUGUCAAUGCGUUUUUCCGGAAUAUUGAUAGAGGUUACGCGGCGGGCCGGGACGUGUACGGGAACAGAGAUCUACAGGCAUAUGAGAGGGGUCGGAUGGAGGUGGACAAAAUCGCACGGUCUUUUGAUGGCCUUCCCCGUGAUAUGGCUCGGUUUUAUAUGGAUCGGCUUGCUGAUGAGCUCAGACGGAAAGCACAUCCAUGA